AUGAGCUUCCAAGACAUCGAGACGGGCCUUACGCAACGCCCACAUUCUCCCGUCCGCGGAGCCCCACAAUCCCAAGAAGAUGCAGCAUUCCAGAACUUGCAGAGUUCGCUCUCGUUGCAAGUCUUCAAGAUCAACGCGAACGUGCAGGGGAUAUUGAAGCUUGUAGAUCAGCUGGGGACGCCGAGGGAUUCGGCGAAUCUGAGGAAGAGUUUACAUGAUCUCACAGAAACGACGCGUGCCAUGGCUAAGCGUGGUUCUGACGACCUCAAGAAACUCGUUGCCCUCCAGUCAACACUACCAGGCAAGAAGACUCCGCUCCAGAAGACCUCGCACGAUUUCCAGCUUUCGCUUGUCGCCUUCCAGCGUGCGCAGCAAGUGAGUGCUGAGAAACAGAGGACAGUCGUAGAAGGGAACAAGCUUGCGGUCGAGGAGGAAUCAGCAUCGCAAGACCAGGCAGUGAGCUCGUCCCCAGAACAACGGCAAGCACAGACCUACCAGCAGCAACUAUCACCGCACGAGCUUGCAUACCAGGAGGAAUUGAUCCACGAGCGUGAGACGGAGAUUCGUGAGAUCGAGACUGGAAUCCAUGAACUGUCGGAAAUAUUCCGUGAUCUGGGAACUUUGGUUACCGAGCAGGGUGGCAUGAUUGAUAAUAUCGAGUCAAACAUCUCGAGCAUAGCGGUUGAUACUUCCGGAGCGGCAGAGGAACUGACGACGGCCUCUGAGUACCAGCGGAAGGCAGCACGAAGAGCUGCGUGCUUGAUGAUCAUCCUAGUCAUAGUCGUUUGUGUCGUACUGGUCGCUGUAAGUCGAAAUUACAUCUCUCUCCAUUCAGUAUUGCCUUUUUUUACUUCCCCGAAUCGUCUUCUUCUCGUGUCCCAUUACAACCUUCUUUCUCCACAUGAACUUUCCGCUCCCCACACGAGGGUAUCCCCAUGUUUCAUUUUCUGA